AUUCACACUAUUUUACGUUGUCAUCAUAGGCUACCUAGUUUGAUUGUUUAUAUUAAUAUUAUCUUUUGAAUGUUGACAGUGUCAUUUGGAUAAUUUAUAUUAUUCAUUUGCAUGAAAUUCUUUACUACUCCGCUUGUUUAUACUCUACGAUUACUAAUUAGCAUAUGCAAGUCUUUAAAAAAUGUGUGACUAUACUCCCUAUGAUGUUAGUAUUAUAAUCUUUGAUUUAUAGUAGAAUGACCUGUCCUCUGUCCAUUAGCUUAUAGGUUGUUUGUCAAGCUGUUUACAAAGAUCCUCCUUUCGACAAUCAGCUUCAACUUCUCAACUUAUCACAGUGAGAUAAUAUUGUAAAAAGGUUGGUGUACUUGAAACAAUUGAUCACGAAUUGACAUAAAUCAGGUCCAUUCCAUGAUACUACGUGCUGUCAAAAGUUUAUUUCUUCUCAGCAUGAAAAUGUCCUCUCAUUCUUCAGAGAUAUAUUAUAUAAACAGACGACAUAUAAACCCGGCAGCCGAGCGCAACAAGGCUCCAAUCCUCGAAAUCCUCCGCAUGUACAUGAUCAGUCCUCAAACCACGCCUCCAGUCCACCAAGUACUCCUGGAAAUCUCCUCUGGCUCAGGCCAACAUGUCUCCUACUUCGCUAAGCAUUUCCAGUGGAUCACAUUCCAGCCUACCGAAUUCGAGAUGUCUUCCUUUGAGAGUAUCAACGGCUACAUCCAGUAUGAGAAACUGGAGAAUGUAAAACCACCUGGUUAUCUGGAUGUCAGAGACCCGGCUUGCUCCUGGCUGGGAGGCAAUAUCAAGAAUGAAUCAAUUGAUUAUGUUCUUAACAUUAAUAUGAUGCAUAUUUCCGAGUAUAAAUGUGCUGAAGGACUUUUCACUGGUUGCAGCGAGAUACUGAAGCCAGGCGGCUACCUGUUCACCUACGGUCCCUAUGCGUUUGACGGCGAGAUCACACCUGAGUCCAAUGUACGCUUCAAUGCGAUGCUGCGAUCACAGGACCCCUCCUGGGGACUCAGGGACCUCCCACGGCAGUUGGUACCACUGGCUAGCAGCUGUGGAAUACGGCUUGUGCAAGUACACCCAAUGCCCGCCAAUAACCACUUAGUUAUAUGGCAGAAGGCACCCGGACCUUGAACUUAACUCUCAAAAAGCUUUUUUAAAAAACUCUCUUGAAACCCUGAAAAAUCGUUCCCAAAUACCUCUCCUAAAACCUUCUUAUUACUAAAAAAUAUUACGAAUCUUUGAUUGAAUGAUUGCUAACCUGUAUCAAAGCUCUAGAACUAAACUUCAGAAAGAAGAGAACUAGAAAUUGCUUCAACUAAACAAGUUUCCCAACCUUGAAAACCUAGAAAAACAUUCGAUAAACGUUGACUCUUGUGUUGUGCUACCUUCAGAAUAUCAAACAAAAUACCUUGAAAUCAAGAAGUUCUUGAUUGGUUAAACCAAACUUUGAAAGCACCAGAUUUCAACCAAAAACUUUGAUUCUUCUAUUGUGCUACUUUCAAAAUUUAAAUAAACUACUAAUAAAUCCUUAAUUGAGUAAUCAACGUUAAAAACAACAGAAUUCUACCAAAUCUUAUCUUCGACUUUAAAAACAUAGAAGAUACUAAUACUUGGAUUUCUCGAUUGCUAACUUUAAAACUAAUACAACUCAACCCCUUUACAUUCUAGAAAAAUCUAGGACCUUGAAUAAUAUACAACCUUGAAAUAAAAUUAUUAAUCCUCUCCACUUUCUACAAUAAUUGGGAGAGUACCAAACAAUUCUGUGAAAACAAAAUAAAUAAAUGAAUUCAUCCUUUUUCAAUAGAAUUUCAAUGAAAACUAUCAAAACUUCAAGGUCAUGAAGUACAUCACACAUUUUGGAACGUUUUCUUUUAAUCUUCAACGCUUUCGAAUGCAUCAUGUCUCAGAUAUUUCUCAUCAACUGAAUUUUAUUCCGUCAUUACCAAUUAAUCUAUCUUUUAUCUUCCAUCUUAUACCUCUCAUUUUUCCUACAUAUAUCUUAAUCGUAUCUUUUACAUUCCUUUCUCAUGCUCGGUAAUAGGGUAAUGUAUUUAUUAUAGAUGAGGAUUUCAAAAUAAAUUAAUUAUUGAUAGGAAACCGUCCUUAGAAAUGCCUCUUGGUCGAGCAAACCAAGUGCAAAUAUAAACUUGAAAAUUAUAAUAACAGGAGGUUAAUUGUAGGAGUGUCAUUGAGGUACCGUAUGUAUUCUUAUUCUGACUUACAUUAUUACAAAUUUUGAUGUUUGUACUCCCCAAGAAUAUGAAUUGAAAUAAGCUAAUGCUAAAUCCAUUAUUCCCACUACGCAAAUUAUACACAAUUUGUUGUAUUUAUAGUAUAAAUAUUUUAAGACUUGUUAUAUUAUUCUGAUAGUUUAUUGAAUAGUUUCUACGUGUUUUCAAAUAAUAGGCAACUGUAUUUAAACCCCUAUUAUCUUCAAAUUGCUCAAUAGAUUUUUAUCAGAGUACAUACUCAUUUAUUACUUGCUUGAUUUUUAAUAGGAAUGUCCUGUGAUUUUCUAUAGUUCAGUAGAAUAUUCAUCAGGUGAUUUAGAAUUGUGAUAUUUUAGAGAUUGGCAUAGGAAGUUCUUUUAUCUUCCCUCUCUUUAUUCCCAAUUCUUCUUUGUAAAAUAAAAUUCCUCAAUCAUUUUAUUAUGAGAUGGGGAAAUAUUUUUCAAAUGAGUUAACAUAGUAAAUUAUACUAGAAAUCGAUACCGGUAUUAUAAAUUCAGUACUACAGUAUAGAAAUUAUCCCCUACGAAGAAUUCCCGUCCAUUGAAGGCAUAGAUUUUAUCAAAUUUCAUCAAUAAAUGUAAUUUGAAUUUCAAUACAUUAUUCUAAUUCAUCAAUUAAGAAAAAUAACAAAAAAUAAAUAAUUUGACUCAUUUAAUAUCAUACCUGUACAGACUCUGUAUCUGAACGAAGUGCCAAUAAUAAUACUUUUUUAAAAUAUACUCUUCCUUUCAUAUUCAGCUCUAUUAGGUUAUUCACGCUUCAAAUAAAACUGUAGAUUCUACUUUAUUACAUAUCCAGAAUUCACAUUUAAAGUUUAAUCUGUUGUGGUAUUAAAUAAUAUUAUUGAUUCUGUUGAAUACAAUAAAACUGAUUGAUAUGGAA